AUGUCUCACAACUUUGAGAAGUCAGUGAAGGGGGCUACCAAGGUGAAGCUGGCGGCCCCUAAAUCGAAAUAUAUCGAGCAUAUUCUUGUGGCAACGCAUACAGGCGAGGCUGGAGUCGCAGAGAUAUUCCGAACAUUACAAAUUCGAGUUCGCGAAUCGACGUGGACGGUUGUUUUCAAGUCGCUAAUCGUUGUUCACCUUAUGAUACGGGAGGGGCAAUUGGACGCCACAUUACAGUUCGUGGCAGAGAACCCGAACAAGUUAGCAAUCAGCGGAUACUCAGAGGUACAAACACAGGGACAUAAUAUCCGACGAUAUGCCGACUACCUCCUGGCGCGCGCAAAAGCGUUUGAUUCCACGAAGACAGACUAUGUUCGCAGCGGACAGGGGCGGAUGAAACGGUUGACGGUCGAAAGGGGCCUCCUGAGGGAAACUGAAAUUGUUCAGAAUCAGAUUCGGGCUCUGUUACGUUGCGAUCUCUUGACAGAUGAAGUCGAAAAUGAGAUCACGCUCACAGCAUUCCGAUUGCUUACCUUGGACCUACUGACUCUAUACUCGGUUAUGAACGAGGGCACAAUCAAUGUUCUGGAACAUUAUUUUGAGAUGUCGCGGCCGGACAGCGAGCGAGCUCUCGAGAUUUACAAGACAUUCACCACACAAACAGAGGAGGUAGUUAAAUUUCUGGGCGUUGCUCGGCACUUUCAAUCAGCGACUCGACUGGAAAUCCCCAAACUCAAACAUGCUUCGACCGACUUGACGCGCCUUCUGGAAGACGAUCUCAAUGAUCCCGAUUUUAACCUCCGUCGUAGGGAAUAUCUUGCUCGAAAAGGUGUGAAGAGUGGGGGUCCGAACACGGCGCUGACAAGCAAUAUCACCGGGGGCAACCAAAUUCCCAGUCAUUCAAGUUCUACCCCAAGCCGACCCCAAACAGAACCCAAACCUCAGAAGAAGGCGAAUCCUGCAGACCUAAUCGAUUUCUUUGACUCGAUCGAACCCAACCCGCAGCCGAUGACCCAACAGAGCGCAUUUCAACAGCCUGUUCCGACACAGCAUCCGCAAGGUAUGCCAUUUCAGCCGACGGGCUUUCAGCCUCAACAGACGGGGUUCUACACCCAGCAGAAUGGAUUUCAACAACUGCCCCAAGGCGCCCUAUUUUCUCAGCAGACGGCCUUUGGGGGACAAUUUCCUCAGCAAGACAACAAUCAGUUUGGUCAAGCUCAAAUUCCACAGCCUAUCCAAGCUACCCCAACCGGUGCCGGUUUUGGCGGCUACUCUGCGCAGCCACAGACAUACGGGUUCCAAAACCAUCUCAGCCCCAUUCCGCAAAGCGAUGUUGCAUCAUUCCCACCACAGCAACAACCUAUGCUGGGUGUUCCACAGCCGCAGCAGCAGCAACAGCAAACGACGAAUCCUUUCAGGCAGUCAAUGUUGAUGAGCACGCCAACAGGAACGGCGCUGCCAGCUGCGCCAAUAAACCGACAGAACACGAAUCCAUUCGCCAGACGCCUCUCGACCGUGAAUCCACAACUUAAUGCUGGCCCUGCUGAAGCGGCUUCCCUGGGGCAGCCACAACUGCUUCAACCUCAACGAACAGGGACCAACCCUUUUGCUCGAAGCGCUUCCGUCCCUCCCCAACAAGCCCAAGGGUUGCAGCCACCAGCGGCCGCGCCUUUGCGGCCGAAUCCGACAGGAAGCACCAAUCCUUUCCGGCAGAGCGCCUUUGUCAACCAACAGACUGGCCAGGGAUGGCAUGUCAGCGGGCAGCAGGGGACAAUGGGCGGGUAUGAAGCGUUGGAAACGGUACCAGUGUUCCCGCGGCCGGGAAUGGCGUAG